ACUACCACACGCAGCUGGUUUUUGUAUUUUUAGUAGAGGUGGGGUUUCACCAUUUCAUCCAGGCUGAGAAUACACUUUUUAAACUUAGAGAUACAAAAUUAGAAUUGCCAGUCACAUGUUUUCUUGGAAUACACAUGCUACAAUAAUGUGGGAGUACCUGAUAAGAAUUCAGUAAAUAUUUGUUGAAUGAAGGAGAGAAUGAUUGAAUAGCAGAGAUUCCUAGGUCUGUGGUAUUGGCACUUAAAUACUUUCAUAAUUUAAUCCAGAAACAAAUCCUUAGUUCAGUUAUUUCAGAAGAAAAAUCAUGAAUUGAGCUGUCCUGCAGAAGCUAGGAAAUAGCUUUAACUGGAUGUUGGUUGUGCAGUGACAGAUCCAGCAGAAUUGAGCCCUCCACUGAAGCAGCCAGGCAACAAUGCUGUUUCACAGUAUGCAGGAUCUGAAUAAAAGUGUCCUUUGUGCUUAUUUGAGACUGGGGGGCGGGACUUGUGGCAAUUUACGUUAUUUUUCCAUAAUGGAAAUUGAGGCAGCCUGUAAUCCUGCUAUCACACAUGGCAACUACUUAUUUGAUUUUUGGUAAUUUGGUAGCAGCUGUGGACAAACAAUUAUUCUGCAAAAAGAGCCAUGCCAGCUGCAUUCUGACCCAGUUGCAAAUGCUUGGGUAGACCAAACUUCCUAUUCACUAUCUUUCUAAACCAGGGAUAGCUUCAACAACUCACCUGCUUUUUAUUGAUAUCUGUAGCUGCUGGUAAGCGUCUACAUAUUUGAGAAUGCACUCUCUAAUGCUUUUUUGUUGUUGUCACCAACCUUCACUAGGCACCUACUUCAUUCAGGCACUGUGCCAGACACGGGGUUGUAAGCUGUAAGGUGUUAUACAGUGUGGAUAGACUGCUUUCAUUUUGACAGAACUUCAUGGAGGAACACGGAGUGACCCAAACUGAACAUAUGGCUACCAUAGAAGCACAUGCAGUGGCCCAGCAAGUGCAGCAGGUCCAUGUGGCUACUUACACUGAGCACAGUAUGCUGAGUGCUGAUGAAGACUCGCCUUCUUCUCCUGAGGACACCUCUUAUGAUGACUCAGAUAUACUCAACUCCACAGCAGCUGAUGAGGUGACAGCUCAUCUGGCUGCUGCAGGUCCUGUGGGAAUGGCCGCUGCUGCUGCUGUGGCAACAGGAAAGAAACGGAAACGGCCUCAUGUAUUUGAGUCUAAUCCAUCUAUCCGGAAGAGGCAACAAACACGUUUGCUUCGGAAACUUCGAGCCACAUUAGAUGAAUAUACUACUCGCGUGGGACAGCAAGCUAUUGUCCUCUGUAUCUCACCCUCCAAACCUAACCCUGUCUUUAAAGUGUUUGGUGCAGCACCUUUGGAGAAUGUGGUGCGUAAGUACAAGAGCAUGAUCCUGGAAGACCUGGAGUCUGCUCUGGCAGAACACGCCCCUGCGCCACAGGAGGUUAAUUCAGAACUGCCGCCUCUCACCAUCGACGGAAUUCCAGUCUCUGUGGACAAAAUGACCCAGGCCCAGCUUCGGGCAUUUAUCCCAGAGAUGCUCAAGUACUCCACAGGUCGGGGAAAACCAGGCUGGGGGAAAGAAAGCUGCAAGCCCAUCUGGUGGCCUGAAGAUAUCCCCUGGGCAAAUGUCCGGAGUGAUGUCCGCACAGAAGAGCAAAAGCAGAGGGUUUCAUGGACCCAGGCACUACGGACCAUAGUUAAAAACUGUUAUAAACAGCAUGGGCGGGAAGACCUUUUGUAUGCCUUUGAGGAUCAGCAAACACAAACGCAGGCCACAGCCACACACAGUAUAGCUCAUCUCGUACCGUCACAGACUGUCGUCCAGACCUUUAGUAACCCUGAUGGCACUGUCUCGCUUAUCCAGGUUGGUACGGGGGCAACAGUAGCCACAUUGGCUGAUGCUUCAGAAUUGCCAACCACAGUCACCGUUGCCCAAGUGAAUUAUUCUGCCGUGGCUGAUGGAGAGGUGGAACAAAAUUGGGCCACGUUACAGGGAGGUGAGAUGACCAUCCAGACGACGCAAGCAUCAGAGGCCACCCAGGCAGUGGCAUCAUUGGCAGAGGCCGCAGUGGCAGCUUCUCAGGAGAUGCAGCAGGGAGCUACAGUCACCAUGGCGCUUAACAGCGAAGCUGCCGCCCAUGCUGUCGCCACCCUGGCUGAGGCCACCUUACAAGGUGGGGGACAGAUCGUCUUGUCUGGGGAAACCGCAGCAGCCGUCGGAGCACUUACUGGAGUCCAAGAUGCUAAUGGCCUCUUUAUGGCAGAUCGUGCAGGUCGCAAGUGGAUCCUGACUGACAAAGCCACAGGCCUGGUCCAGAUCCCUGUGAGCAUGUACCAGACUGUGGUGACCAGCCUCGCCCAGGGCAACGGACCAGUGCAGGUGGCCAUGGCCCCUGUGACCACCAGGAUAUCAGACAGCGCAGUCACCAUGGACGGCCAAGCUGUGGAGGUGGUGACAUUGGAACAGUGACAUACAGCCAUAUUAUGGCAUCGUUUUCUAGUCUACUUCAAAAUUUUGUACACGUUUGCAGAGGUGCAAUCAAAUGGAAUUAAGUCUCUCGACUUUGGAAGAAAAGUUUUGUUAACCUUUUUUUUUUUAAAAGGAAGAAAGGCAGCGGAUUUUGGAAUUGCAUUUUUUAAAGCACCACUCUUGAUUUUCUGGGAUUGGUGGAGUAAGAAACUGCGUUGUCAAUUUCACUGUCCCAAAAAAGCCAAAUUGUGGCAGGACUUCUUUCUGCGGAAAUGUGUGUGUAUACUUAUGUGUGUGUAUGUGUGAGUGUGAAUAUAUGUAUAUGUGUACAUAUGGACAUACACAUUUACAUAUAUAUAAAGUAUAUAUAUACAUAUAUAUAUAUGUAUGAAACCCGCAUGGAAUUAUCUGUAUGAAAUCAAGGUGAGCUGUGGAAACAAUAAUUCACCCAGUUUAGUGGGUGGUAGGGUACGUGGCCAGACACAGUCACCCAGUUUUUGUUCAUACCAGGGUCAUGCGUUGAGCUACUGACAAACUCAGGCGGAGGUGACCAUGCCCUUCACCAAAGCUGCCUCCCAGUGGCCACACAGAACUCUUCCUGCUGGACUCACCUGAGGGAAGAGGCUCCAGCAUGGGGUGGGUCAGAGAUGUGUUUGCAAGGUCCAGGGGCUGCGUGGUCUGCCAGCUGAGACGCUCCUCGGGCUGGCCCAGGUGCUGACCUUGCCACAGGCAGAUGAAUGUCUCGAAAGCUCCCGGGCCUCAGCCUCCCAUCUCCUCUCCUUCCCAGGAAUCCUUCUUGAUCUCAUGACUAUUAAAAUGUUGCUCUGGUUUUAAGGUCAGUCCUGAAUUGCUCGUAUAUAUGAACUGAAGGUAACAGAAGUAUUAGGGGUUUGAGGAGUGCGUGCGUGUAAGUGUGCUUGUAUGUGUGCGUGUAUGGAAGGGGGUUGGAGGGGUUGGAAGGGAAAGGAAGGAAAGGAAAAUCUUCCUAGACCAGGAUACACCUGUGGGAGCAAUUUUCUCUAGCUGUCUGUAGCUUCACAGAGGCGGCACUGGAACGAACAGGAAGGGACACCUGGUCUGUGGCCACAGCACCCUGAACGUCCACGAUCUUGUGUGAUCUUGGAAGCUAAGCUUGGUUAGGCCUGGUCAGUACACGGAAGGAAAGAAGGGACACCUGGCCAUAGAAAACGGCUGAGGGUGUUUGCUGUGUUCCUGGAUCAGGCCCUGCUUCAGAAGGGACUCCUGGAGGCCCAUAUUCCUGGAUGCAGCCUGGUGGCCCAGGCUGGGAGCAGCUUGCCUCUUCGGAGGUGUUGACUGACUGGGUGUUCUUGAUAACCGUUAACUCUGUCUUUCUCAGCUGCAAGCCCUGAGUCUCCCGUGGCUGAAUUCACCUGACUUUUCGACAGGUCAAAUCUCUGCUCCUUGAGUACAGGAACAGCUCCUCCUCCCUCCUCCCAGCUCUCCCCACGUGUGUGAUAGUGUAUUUAAUGUGUUUUUUUAAUGCGACAUUAAAAGAUUCUCCACGUCUUGCUCAACCUUUGAGAGAAGUUUCAGAUUCUUGUAUUUGCUUGUUUUAUAUAAAACUAUCUAAUGUUCUUUAUAUGUUCUUUUCUGUACGUAAUGGGGGGAGGGAGGGAAAUUUACAUAUAAAUAGUCCUAGUUCUACAAUGUGUUAUUUUUUUAAUUAUUAUUUUUUAUCGUCAUUGUGAAGUUGUCCAGGGACUUUAAAGUCCAUGUUCCUUUGUGGUGAAAUAACCUCCAAAUAGUUUGAGAAGUUGCCAAGACGAAGAAAAAAGCAAAACCCCAGUAGCAGAGCAUGGAUUCUGUGUUGUUUCCCAUUCUGUCUUUGACUGCCUCAUUCAAUAAAUAGUUCAAAAUGUGGCAA